CGCCGCUGGGCAGCAAUAGAAAAUGAUCCAACCGGCCAAGUUCAACGCCCGAAAUUUAUUUUUAGGAUUUGUCCUUUUCGCGUUGGCUUUUUUUAUUUUCUUUUGGCAAUUUGUUGGACUAUCACCACCUCAGAAUGCGGUGUCAUCUGCUGUGAAUUCAAUUAACACUGAAACCGUUCAGCCGUCAACUGUCAUCGAUGCAGUGACGGAAGUGAUGCAGCAAACAACGACAGAGAAAAGCACGUCACAGCGCAAUUGCAACCGGACGUUCAAUGCUGUUGACAAAAAUUCAACAACUUGGUCAGUGCUAACGACACCCGGGUCAUUCCGGUGGUGCAGUUUGGAUUCAUCGGCACGCGGAGCCCACCAGAAAGUCAUCAGUUAUUCCUUGUUCGGCACUGGCCAGAAGGAAAACGUUUCCGUGUCGGAUCGUUUCGUCAAAUUGUUGAGAAACAUUUCAGUGACAGCGGAGAAAUCCUACCCGGGCUGGAUUGUCCGCAUUUACCACAAUUUCCGCAAUCAAAGUGAACACCCAGAUGAAAAGUCCGUUUUCAACCAGCUGUCUGAACUGAGCUGCCAAUUCAGUCACGUCGACUUGUGCAGUCUAACCGAGAUGAUUGCGAGUCUCACCUCUUCACCGACACCCAUCGAUCCCGAUCUCCUGCGAGGCCUCAAUGGCCGAAUGUUCCGCUAUUUGGUCAUGCUCGAUCCCAAUGUGGACAUUUUUAUUUCGAGGGAUAUCGACAGCGUCAUCUGGCAGCGGGAAGUCGACGCUGUUGACCAGUGGCUCAAGUCCAACUUCACUUUCCAUCUGAUGAGGGACCACAAAUUCCACAGUGCCACCAUUUUGGCAGGAAUGUGGGGAGUGAAACUUGACCAACGCCGAGAUCUCGUCCAAGGAUUGACGAGAGCCAUGAUAUUAGCCGGCCAAAACCAACAGAAAAGCACCGACCAAGAUUUGCUGGACAAGAUCUUCUGGCCUUCAGCUCAAUACGACGUGAUGGCUCACGACAGCUACCACUGUCGAAACGGUAAACUCAACAACAAGUCUCCCAUCAAAGUGUUGCCGUUCCCCACUAGGCGCAACUGCAGUUGCUAUGUGGGCGGAAUCGGUGGCACACUCAAACCUGAAAAAUGUCCGGAAGCGUGUCGACCGCCAGAUCACAAGGACUGGGAAUACUGUUAAUUCUAUACAGGCUACUCAGUCGUAUUAUAUAAUAUUUAAGGAGAUUU